AUGUAUAUGCUGAACGGUUACUUACGGACAGCGUGCGCGCCCUUUCUCGCUCUUCGGGUUAUACAACAGCUCGUGACGGACGAAGGCAGCUCGUUUCCUCUUGCCGCGCCGGUCCUGCAUGAGAACAUCUACGUCGAUGAUGUUCUGUUCGGUGCCGAUGAUAUUCCGCUUCUCAAACAAACUCGCGAUCAGGUCUGCGCUUUGCUCGGUCGGGGACGGUUCGAAUUGAGAAAAUGGUCGAGCAAUUCCGCUGCUCUGCUGAACGAUAUCGAGGUCGACAACCACGGCCUCGCGUGCGAUCGCACUCUUCGAAUCGACGAACAUCUAAGAAUCUUAGGCAUAAGCUGGAGCCCAUCUUCCGAUAUGUUUCAAUUUACCGUAACUCAUAUUCCGUCCGUUUCAAAAACCAAGCGGUCAAUACUCUCGUACGUUGCCAAAUUGUUUGAUCCAAUGGGGUGGUGCACGCCAGUAACAAUCGCUGCCAAGAUCUUUAUGCAACAAUUGUGGCAGCUUAAACUCAACUGGGACGAUGUCCUUCCGACUGACGUCCGGCAAAAGUGGGAAGCCCUUCAGGCCUCACUUGCCGAUCUCCACGGUCUCCAACUGAAUCGAUGGAUUCAGCGAGGGUCUGACACUGUCCGCUGCGAAUUGCACGGAUUUUCUGACGCGUCCACUCACGCAUACGCAGCGGCCGUGUAUCUUCGGCUCACUUCUCUCUCUGGCGAAAUCUCUUCUCACUUGCUAAUAGGCAAGUCAAAGGUCGCUCCGAUCAAGUCCCUCAGUAUUCCUCGGCUGGAAUUAUGCGCAGCCGGAUUGUUGGCUCGACUACUCGAAUUCGUGCGAACCACUCUUGGUCUCGCCACCUCCCCGUGCUAUUGCUGGACAGACUCAACUGUCGUUUUAGCGUGGGUCACGCAACAACCGGCCAAAUGGAAGACGUUCGUCGCGAAUCGCGUAUCAGAGAUACAAUCGCGCGUUCCGAACGCGGUGUGGAACCACGUUCCCACCGAUGAAAAUCCCGCACAUUGCGCAUCUCGCGGAAUCGCCGGGUCUCUCCUUCGAACUCACCCACUCUGGUGGUGCGGCCCCGCAUGGUUGCGUAACCCGAUCGACGAGCCGUCGACUUCUCGAUCGCACAAUUUCGAUACUCAAAUCGAACAAAAGGAGAGUAUUCAGUCUCAUUUAGCUUCGACGGAACUUGACUGCGACUUUACGAUGAGAUUUUCGUCGUGGCCUCGGUUAAUUCGCGUAACAGCGUAUAUAAUGCGCUUCAUCAAUAAAACUCGGAAGCAGUCGAUUCCCGUUGACGACGUUAGGGAGAACACACUAGCGUUAUCAGCCCGCGAAUGUCAACUCGCGAAAGAGUUUGUUCUGAGACGGAUUCAGAAAGAGCUCUUCCCUCUCGAGUUCGCUGCGCUCACAAGUCAACGAGCCAUAUCCUCGAAAAGCUCGAUUCUGUCGCUCAACCCUUUCCUCGGCGAGGAUGGAUUAAUCCGUGUUGGCGGGCGGCUUUCGCACGCGCCGCUUUCCUUUUCCGUUAAACACCCGAUUAUUCUUGCCUCGCAUCCGCUAGUCGCUUUGGUUCUGUAUCACGUGCAUUUAAAAUCUCUACACGCAGGUCUACAAUUAACGCUCGCUACGCUACGACGCGAGUAUUGGGUCCUGCGCGCCCGAAGUCUCGCCAAACUCACUAUUUUUCGCUGCGUUAUUUGUACUCGAGAAAGGGCCACGAUUCCUUUCCAACAGAUGGGUGAUCUGCCUCGCGUGCGGGUGACUCCUCCCGCACGCGCUUUUCUCAAUUGCGGACUGGAUUACGCUGGUCCGGUGCUCGUACGAUCCUUGUCUGGUCGCGGAAUCCCGUCACGAAAAGCGUAUAUCGCGAUUUUUAUUUGCAUGGCGACUCGCGCCAUUCAUUUGGAGCUCGUGGAGGGCUACUCAACCUCAGCGUUUAUCGGCGCGUUUUCUCGAUUUUGCGCUCGACGCGGCCUGCCCUCGGCCAUGUAUUCAGAUAAUGGCACGAAUUUUGUGGGCGCCGAACGCGAGCUUACCGCCGCGUUUCGCGCAGCUAUCAGGGACCCGGACUUUCUCAAUCGAACCGCUUCCGAUCGAAUCACGUGGCACUUUAUGCCACCUUCCGCUCCUCAUUUUGGCGGAUUAUGGGAGGCGGGAGUACGGAGUGUAAAGCACCAUCUCCGUCGAGUGAUUGGGGCUCAUACUCUCACAUUUGAGGAAUUCUCAACAGUCUUAUGCAAUGUGGAGGCGUGUCUCAAUUCCGACGGCUCGCUCCUCUCAACGACUCGGUCGACGAUUAUAAACCGUUAA